GGGAGCGAGGAGCCGACGUCGGGACGGGCAGAAGCGGCUCCUGCGAGGCGGCGCCUGCGGCGGAGGAGGAAGGCGGCGCAGAGGACGAAGCGCGUCGCUCGGGCCGACCUGGGCCGGCCAGGCAGAGACCCGCAGGAGCACAAUGAACCUGAAGUCGGAACGCCGAGGUAUCCAUGUUGAUCAGUCAGAGUUGCUCUGCAAGAAAGGAUGUGGUUACUAUGGCAACCUCGCUUGGCAGGGCUUCUGCUCCAAGUGCUGGAGGGAGGAGUACCAGAAGGCCAGACAGAAGCAAAUCCAGGAGGACUGGGAGCUUGCGGAGAGGCUCCAGCGUGAGGAAGAGGAGGCUUUCGCCAGCGCGCAGCACCCCCAGGGGGCUCAGUCGCUCGCUUUCACCAAGUUUGAAGAGAAGAAGACGAAUGAGAAAUCACGGAAGGUGACAACGGUGAAGAAGUUCUUUGGGGCUUCUACUCGGCCCGGAACUAAGAAGGCCUCACAGGAGUUCAGCGCUCAGCCCAGGCAGCUCGGGAAGGAGCUCAGUGCUGAUAACCUUCUCAGGGACUUGAAGGAAAUUUUUAGUCCCCACUGGGAGCUCGCUCCCCCUGCCGAAGAGGCUCCAGAGCCCAAGGCCCCCAGCCCUUCCAUAAGCCGACAGGUCAGCCUCGAAACCGACCGGGUGUCCAAGGACUUUGUGGAGUUCCUGAAGACUUACCACAAAGCUGGCCAGGAGAUCUACAAGCAGUGCAAGCACUUCCUGGAGGCCAUGCAUCACAAGCGGGAUCUCAGCAUCGAGGAGCAAUCCGAAUAUACCCAGGACUUCUACCAAAACGUGGCGGACAAGCUGCAGCUUCGCUGGAAAGUGGCUCCAGAGAAAGCGGAGAAGGCCAUGGACCAGAUUGAAAAGUACCUCAUGACACGGCUCUACAAGUAUGUUUUCUGCCCAGAGACCACUGAGGACGAGAAGAAGGAUCUGGCUGUCCAGAGAAGGAUCAGGGCUUUGCACUGGGUCACUCCGCAGAUGCUUUGUGUGCCAGUCAAUGAAGAAAUCCCCGAAGUCUCCGAUGUGGUUGUCAAAGCCAUCACGGACAUCAUCGAGAUGGACUCGAAGCGUGUCCCGCGGGACAAGCUGGCCUGCAUCACCAGCUGCAGCAAGCACAUCUUCACCGCCAUCAGGACCACCAAGGACGAGCCGGCCUCCGCCGACGACUUCCUGCCCACCCUCAUCUACAUCGUGCUGAAGGGCAACCCGCCCCGCCUGCAGUCCAACAUCCAGUACAUCACUCGCUUCUGCAACCCCAGCAGGCUGAUGACCGGCGAGGACGGAUACUACUUCACAAACCUGUGCUGUGCGGUCGCCUUCAUUGAGAAGCUGGACGCCCAGUCCCUCAACCUGAGCCAGGAGGACUUUGACCGCCACAUGUCUGGCCAGACCUCCCCGAAGAAGCAGGACCCCGAGCGCUGGCCGGCCAGCAUGUGCGCAGGAGUCCGGCAGAUGUACCAGAACCUCGACCUGCUCUCUCAGCUCAGCCAGCGGCAGGAAAGGAUUGCGAGCGAGGCCAAGAAGCUGGAGCAGGACCUCAUUGACUGGACCGAUGGGGUUGCCAAGGAGGUCCAGGGUAUCGUUGAGAAGUUCCCCCUGGAGAUAAGCCCGCCGAGCCCCGCGGUGGCAGCCAUUGACUCGGAGAACGUCGAGAACGACAGGCUGCCUCCCCCGCUGCAGCCGCAGGUGUACGCUGGGUGAUCUGGCUCUGGGCUCGUGGACGUCGGCUUCCCGGCUCUCACCUGCCAGGAAGGUGGGCUGAGGGGAAAGUCGCACGAGUGGAAAGCUGGCACACACGGAAGGUGCUGUUUGCUGGCAGGCACGUUCCCUGGUAUUUAUUUUCGCCACAGUUGCUUACCGUGAGGGCUGUCUCUGCUCGUUUCAACCAAAUUAACUACACGAAUCCAAUAUAAUUUUAGGAAACAUUGGCGUUACUUUUCUUCAGGCUUGCACACACGCGCACGUGUGUGUGUUUAAAUAAUCAGUUCAAGCUUUUUGGUAGCUUUUCUACCGUUGGUCAGCACUUUGCAAUGAAUGCCAAGUCAGAGGUAGAUACACGAAAGGUACUUAACCUCUGGUUUUCAAGAAGGAUUUUUAUGGUGAAGUUCAUAUUUAAAAUUGUAAAUAGGUUUGCAACAUGGUUUGCAUGUCACCUUUUAAUUUCUUCCCCAGCUGCAGGGCAAAUUCACUGCUUGAUAGUUUUGUUACCGGAGUUGGCACUGUAGGAAACAACUGGCGUUAUCUCAAAUAUAAUUCAACAAAGAACUCCUAGCACAAUUUCUUGUUUGAAUAUGCAAGAGGUGCAGAAACCGCCCCCCUCCCCCUGCAGGCACUGCCCAACUGGAACCGUUCAGAGAAGAGGGGAAGCAGGGGUGGAGCUCCUCACAUGUAUUGUCGGCCCCACUUUGCGCUUUUCUGGAAAAGAGAGGGGUUGGCCCGCAGGAGCACGAUGCCCAAGAACGGAUCGUUUAAGGACCUUUGAAUGCUUUGCUGCACUCACAGCAAAGGCAUCCUGGGAGUCAGGACACUGUGGCACAGUGUGCGGGAAAUCAGAACCAAGGAUGUGGAGAACACCCCCCUUUCCUGGGCCGGAUUCCUCUCUGUCCUUUGCCUGAGGUGCGGGUUCUCCCACUACCUGCCAGGCUGAUGAAGUAGAUGUGUACAUUCCUAUUGCCCAGGUGAGCUUGGUGGGCCGGCGUCAUGUGCAGCUCACUGUGUCUGGCACAUAAGUGAUAGUAGAAGGCUUUCCUGCAGGAUGGAGUUCAUUGUGUGUUCGUCCUCUCCCCUGCGAAAUGUGUCUGUCACUCUUUCUUUCUUUUGGAUCCCAAGUUAGCAAGAAAAAGUUUGUUCAUCCAGAUGAACAUUAAAUCUCUUGCACACUUUGCAGUUCAGGUCAAAGGCUCUGCAGUAGCUUUGCAAUUUUAAUUCUUCUUAUGGUGCAUCACCGCACUUUAAAAAUGCCACUUCAACCAUUUCCCCCCCAAGCUCCUCUCACCCAGAUGUCUCCUAUUUGUCCACCUGGUGAUUUUGCAGUGAAAUUGCUAACUUGUUUUGGCGUAGAUUUCCAAGCAUCCUGAGUUGGGCUGCACAGGAGUUCCUUUAUUUUUGCAAUAAGGUCGGGCCAAGACUUGUGGGUUCUGCGUGCACUUGCAAAAGUACCGUUGUUCUCAGCCUCGUGAACUGCCACGAUGCAUUUCUUAAAAGGUAAGUGUUGUGGCGUUCCCUCCGGUGAAAUUGCGCAGCUGAAAGAAGCAGCCCAUGACGCCAGCGAGCCCACAUUCAGUGGCAUCUGCGCUUCGGUCGGGGCUUCCUUCCCGGCUUCUUUCCUCUCUGCGUGACACACUAGGUGCUACUUCUGGUUUCCAGGUACACAUUUUCACUCCUGAAAGAUGUAUGAUAACUGCUGUUACUAAAGUGCUGUCAGAUGAAAUAAAACCUGUACAACACGA